CAGACUGUGAAGUCCGACCGAGGUUCUCCCUGAAACAAAGCGACGGGUGAAGCAACAGAUGCUCGCAUCUGAGAAGAACACCUAAAAUCGAGUUGAUUGAAGGUUGUAAACUUCAUAUCUAGGGUUUACCCUAUUUCCAAAUCAGACGAUCGACUCCAAGGUUUGAAGAACUAGAAUCGAAGCUUGAUUUAAGUUUUGAUGUGAUGGAACCAACAGGAGAUUCUAAUAGUAGGUCACGGGACAUUGCUUCAUGGCCUAGCGCCGUUUCUCAUUACAUGUUGGAGUGUGUAUUGAAGCAGUACAAGAGUGGUAAGGGUGGAGAUAAUGGACUGAAAAAGGAGCAGUUCAUUGCAAUUGCCAACCAACUGAAGGAGAAAUUUUUUACUAGUUACGACUGUGAACAAGUGAGAAACCACUUCCGGAUUUGGAAGCAAAGGCUUAGAGCAUUGAGUGACCUACAGAAGCAAAGUGGAUUGGGUUGGAAUGCAUCUGAAUUGAGAUUUGAUGCUCCUCAACACUUCUGGAAUGAUUAUAGGAAAAAAGAACAAAAGUAUUGGAAGGAACAUAGUGUGCUCCCAAUUCACCUUGAAGUUGGAGCUUUGCUAAGGAAAGAGAUGGCAACUGGGAAUGAUUCAACAGUCCCCUCUGAAGCUGCCACUGAAGUUAUGAUGGACAUGACAGGUACUCAUGUUGAGGGAAUAGGGAACAAUGAUGGUGUUGACUAUGAACAUAUUGAAGAAGAAGAAAGUGUUCCUUCCACUCCCAUUGGUAGUACCAGCCGUUCGCGAGGAAGACCUCGUGGGUCCAUCAAUAGUGGCAGAGAAAAGAGGAAGAAGGGUGUAGCUGAAAAGGUGGUAAGUCCAUUGAAACAGAUUGCUAACUCAAUCGAGAAGAUGGGAGAGCGCUUCUUGAAGUUGAAAGGAAUUGGAGUUUUAGAAGAGUGUGAGAAGGGAUGCUUACACAAUAUUUACACUUGCAUUGGAUACGUUGGUGCUGGUAUUUGUUGGGAUGAAGAAUAA